CCGCGCUGUGCGUGAAGAAAAAAAGAAAAAAGAACCGGACAACAGCGGGUCUCGUCAGCUGUUCGGAAGCGAGCACGAACUGUCAUCCCGCACGAAGAGCGGAAACGCGCCCGCGAAGCGGUGGGAAAGAGCGAGGCGGCGGAGAGGUGAAACAGAACGGACGAAGCGAGAGCGAGCCCGCCGAAGUUAGUCGCGAGACGAACGAGGGGCGGAACGAAGCCGCGGUGUGUGUAUGUGUGUAUGCGUGUUAGUCUCGUCGAUGGUCGUGCAGCGUCCGCGUGUCGUCGAGCGCGAUCUCGACGGAAAAACGAUGAUGGCGUAGACCUCUCUGUGCUCCGGAAAACGACGUUAUCGAGUGGGAAAGCAGAUUGAGAAAACAGAGAGGAAGAAAAACAAAAGAGAAAAGAGACACACGCGCGCCAUUCAUCAUAUUCGUCCGUGUGGUAAUAGUCGCGUCCGAGCGCAGCCGAUCGCGUCCUCCUCCGUUGUCUCCUCCGUCAUCAUCGUCAUCUCUCGUUCUCGGUUAUCGUUGUCGCGAAGCAACGACGUGUAAUAAUCGACGCGCGAAAUAAACCGUCAUCUUCGUGAUUCGGCGUCGUUCGAGAGAUAAUUGAGACAUCGCGCGCGGUGAAUUUUUGUGUGCACAGUGCUCUGCUCCGCGGAAGACACGGGAGAGAAAAAAACAAGUGGGAAAAGAGAAGAUAGUGAGAUUGUAGAUAGAGAAGAAAAAGCGCGCGUCGCGUUCUUUCAUCUUCGUCGCGUUCGUCGCAACCCUGUUGCUAGCGCGAAACCGCGCCACGCCGCCUCGCCGUUUGUUUAUUUGUGUUCUGUUUUCGCCCGCGAAUUCACUUGCGAGUAACUCGGUGGUGCCCGGAUAGCCAGCGGCGUGCCCUGACUGUUGCGGGGAAUAUAUAUAGUAUUACGAUGAUCAGUGACACGUGCGGAUACGUUUGCUGCAUGCUGCUGCUGUUGGUAGUUCCCUACAUCGAGAGCGCUCGCCGACUAAACGAGUACAUUCGCCACUACGAGCCGCUGUCGUAUCCCGUCGAGGAAGUCCAUCGGAAUCAUCUGAGAGCGAAGAGGUCGGUCAGCCGCGACAGCACCGUGACGGUGAAGUUUCGCGCGCACGGCAGAGACUUCCGCAUCCGAUUAAAGCGGGAUUUGACCACUUUUAGCAACAACCUCAUUGUCGAGGACUCCGCGGGAGAGAGACGGCACGACUGCGACGUCUCCCACAUUUACCAGGGCAAUCUGAUCGGCGAGCCUGGUAGUCACGUGUUCGGUAGUGUCAGUGAUGGAGUCUUUCAUGGGAAGAUAGUAUCUCCGAGAAGUGGCUCUUGGUACGUGGAAAGGGCGCAUUACUACUUUCCGCCGCACGAAAUAAACGAGACGCUGCAUUCUGUGAUCUAUCAUGAGGAUGAUGUCGGCGAUCCGUACGCGGAGGCUCGAGAAGGCGAAUUCAGCGGAUGCGGGAUUAACGACGAGGUAUUAAAAUGGAUGGAGCAAAUUCAGAAUUCCGCUCGGGAAUCCGAAAAAAAAGACAUCGUUACCCGAUAUAACGUGGCAUCGGGUGUCGCGAAUCAAACAGAACCGAAACCAAAUGUCGCACCCUGGAACGGCAAUCGGGAGACGCCUGGUCACAAGUACAGCAAAGAAGCCAACGAACCUAGUCAUCGACGGCCGCGAAGAGCGACCAGGUCCAAGGAGAACAACACCUGUUCGCUCUUUAUACAAACAGAUCCUCUCAUCUGGAGACAUAUUGCCGAACAGUUGCAUCACGACGCGGAGAAGACGAAGGAAGAAAUAUUGUCUCUGAUCGCUCACCACGUUACCGCGGUGAAUUACAUCUACAGAGACACGAGAUUUGACGGUAGAACCGAGCAUAGAAAUAUCAAGUUUGAGGUUCAACGAAUCAAGAUCGAUGACGACUCGACGUGUACGUCACAACAGCAGUACAGCGAACCGAAUCCAUUUUGCAUGGAGAAUAUUGACGUCAGCAACUUCCUGAAUCUGCAUUCGCUCUCGAAUCAUGAGGACUUUUGUCUCGCCUAUGUCUUUACCUACAGAGAUUUCACCGGAGGCACCCUCGGACUCGCCUGGGUCGCGUCCGCGUCCGGCGCGUCCGGCGGUAUCUGCGAGAAGUUCAAGACUUACACCGAGACCGUGGCCGGUCUGUAUCAGUCCACGAAGAGAUCUCUGAACACCGGUAUCAUAACUUUCGUGAAUUACAAUAGUCGCGUACCACCCAAGGUAUCACAGCUGACAUUGGCGCACGAGAUAGGUCAUAACUUCGGAUCACCGCACGAUUUUCCACCGGAAUGCAGACCGGGCGGCUUGGACGGUAAUUACAUCAUGUUCGCCUCGGCGACAAGUGGAAAUCGGCCGAACAAUAGUAAAUUUUCAAAGUGCAGCAUUGGCAAUAUCAGCAAUGUCCUAGACGCCAUCGAGGAUAAUAAGAAGAGAAACUGUUUCACUGGAGCGUUUUGCGGGAACAAAAUUGUUGAAGCUGGCGAGGAGUGCGAUUGCGGUUACGAUGACAACGAGUGUGUGGACAAGUGCUGCUAUCCCAGACAAGUGUCCGACUUGGAUAAGAUGAAGAACGAAACGGCGAAAGGUUGCCAUAGAAAAUACGGAACACAGUGCAGUCCAAGUCAAGGACCUUGUUGCUCGAGCGACACGUGCCAGUUUAUUCCUCUCUCCCACAAAAUCCAAUGUAGGGCUGAAUCUGACUGUAGUUACAAUUCCACGUGCAACGGAAGAUCGUCCGAAUGUCCAGCGCCGCUACCGCGAGCAAAUAAGACUAGAUGCAACGAGGGCACUCAACUUUGCAUUAACGGGGAGUGCACCGGAUCCAUUUGCCUAGAGUGGAAUCUGACAGAGUGCUUUUUAACGAGCAGCAUCAUACCAAACAUCGACAAGCGAAAGCUCUGCGAAUUAGCUUGUCAAAAUGGCACCGAUGCAUCAACAUGUCGCGGUACGAGCGAGUUCGCGCACAUGGUAGGACUGCCCGAAGGUGGAAUGAGCCUCAGACCAGGUUCACCUUGCGAUAAUUUUCAGGGAUAUUGCGAUGUUUUCCUGAAAUGCCGAGCUGUCGAUACGGAAGGUCCGCUUGCGAGGUUGAAGAAUUUGUUGUUCAACAAAGAAACUUUAUCAUCGGUAGCACAAUGGAUAACUGAAUAUUGGUGGGCGGUGCUACUGAUGGGUAUAGCUUUCAUCAUAUUUAUGGGACUGUUCAUUAAGUGUUGUGCUGUGCACAUUCCUUCCAAUAAUCCUAAAAAGCCACCUGCGAGGCGCAUCAGUGAUACAUUAACGAGACCGAUGAAUACUCUUAGAAGAAUGCGACAUCCACAUGGCGGAGGUGGAGCUGGGCCCAGAAGUAUACCUCCCAGACCAAGUCAAGGUGGUCAUGGAACGCGUGGACCAUCUCAUGGCUAUGGAGAGGGUAGAGGUGCUCAAUAUUAUCCGAAAGGCUAUCGCUCGGUUCCCACAGCUAGUGCGCCACCAGGUAACUGGCCAGCAGACCACCACAGCCGUUCCAAUCACCCAGACCUCUAUGCCGGUGCCUAUUCGGGCUCCGGGGGAGGGGGGAGGAGCGCAGCCUAUGAGAUGAGGCAUCACAACAAGGUGUGACGAUCUUAGGACGUCGUCACGGACGAGGACCACCAAUCGCGGCGUUGCACCACGGGUCGUCGUGUAAAACGAUUGCCAAACGCGAAGAGAACCGAUCCACUCCAUGUAAGAAACGCAACGAUGUCUCGUAACCGAAGUCGAAGCAAUAACGACGAGGUACAGCGUGAUAAUCUGAUACGAUGGUCGAGAUUGAAAGGUCCAGCUGAAUAUAUGCGCUUUUAUCUGAGUUGCAGUGAACUCAUAUAAUGUGGAAAUAAAAGCUGCACGUUACUUGUAGAUACAAAGAGAAAGUACGUGUCAGUAUGAAAUUGAUUGCAUUUUCUUUUUUAUUAGUUCGAUAGAUGUGAUUUCGUAUAUAGAUAGAAACGCUGUGAACGGCGCCUCGACAGAUCGAUCCCGAAUCGCGAUAAUAAGCUAACGCAAUAUGUCGAAAAUUGUGACUAUUGAGAAUUUUAUAUAUGUAAUCUUUUUUAUGUAGAAUCUACAACGCGACCCUCGUGCCGCCGUUCAGAAAACUCGUCGCAUGAUCAAAGUUUAGGAAUGCUUCGAAGAACCUUCGCAAUAAAUGAAGGCGAUAUUGUUAUAUGAUAUCAAAGAGAGUAAUUUAAAUCGAUCCGAUGUGUGAUUCAUUUCGCUUUAGCGCGAUCGACACUCGCUGUGUUAAUAACGCAGCUAACAAACGCCGGGGGGUUCAUUAAAAGGCGUCGCAUUUUUGCCCUUCGAUAUUAUAUGAGCAUUUAAGGCCGGGAUUGUACGGUCUUUGCGUGUGACGAUGUCCUUCGAGAUGUCGAUAUUGUGCGCAUGUCGCUCUCGAAAGUUUAAAAGAUUAAGAAGAGAAUCUCUAGUUUUGAGAAUCUCUUUGUUUGUUGGAGAUUAAAUAAUAAUAAUGUGAAGUUUAGUGGAGAAAAUUGGCAAUCUCUUAGACAAUACGGUCUUUUUGAUAAUCGUUAUAAUAAAAUGAGUUUUCGACAAAUGAUUAUUAAUGUACUCAUAUUAUGUUUUUUAACAAGCAGUCAUAAUUUCUUUUUCUUGUUUUUACUUCAAAAAGUUUUUCGAGAAAAAUUGAGGGAUUAUAGCGUAUAAAAUAGCAUACCGUAACACACGCAUAAUAUUAUUCACUUAUCUGUUUGAAUGUUCAAACAAUGUUUUAUAAACGACUUUCUGGAGCGAAAUAGCACCCUACCAUUACCAAACCAUUACAGGUCAUUCGCUUGAUCUCUGUACCAUUGUAGUAUAAUAAUUACUGAUAUAUAUAUUAUUAUUAUUCUUAUACUAAUUUGUAUUAGCCACUUCAGACGAGCGAGGCGAGAUUACGAAGGGUAUAAGAGCAGCAACAACAAAACAUAAAAUGUGUUUCUAAUAGCGAUAUUCCAUUAAACUAUUACCUAUGGAACAAGGAUAAAAUAUAUAUAUAAAUAUACAUAUAUAUAUAUAUAUUGAUUAUUAAACUAUAAUUU